GGCUCGUUAGACUCACAGGAAAUAUAGGACGUGGAGUGAGUUAGCUUAGCGUGCUAACGUUGCUAUGGCGGAGCUAGCAGGGCCGCCCAGUGAGACCAUCACAGAGACGGUGCAGACUGGAACACCGCCGCCGCCCCAGCAGGAGGGAAGAAGCUUGACCAUCAAGCUUCGGAAGAGGAAGACCGACAAAAAGGUGGAGUGGUCCAGUGACACUGUGGAUAACGAACACAUGGGUCGUAGGUCCUCGAAGUGUUGUUGUGUUUACGAGAAGCCUCGACAGUUCGGCGAGUCCUCCACAGAGAGCGAAGGAGAGGACGAGGAAGGAUGCGGAAGCGCGCACUGCAUCCUCGGCCACGGGAGAGGACAAGGACAGAGAGGCGGAGGGGGUGGUGGCACCACUACGCCCCCUAAAUCCGGCGGAACAAACCCUCACUAAUCAGGAGAGCACCGACCUGGUGUCAAAAAAGAAAAAUGCGAAGCGGACAUGUUCAUAAUUUUACAUCCAGCUACUCGCGUCGAAAUAAAGUUACUGCGUUGCUGUGUUUCAAAUUGCCAUUCGAUUCAGAGUGAGAGCUUUUAGUUCAUGUGUGUUGAUUUAUACUUGAUCUACUUUUUUUUCGGCUGUCAUUGUGAUUUGUGAGAUCAUUUGAAUGCUGUGUUUUUUGUUUUUUUUUAAUGGUUGUACAUAGUUUUAAAUUCUUUUUUUGUAAAGUGUUUCUAUUUAUUUGUCUGCAACGUUAAGAUCAGCUUUUUCUCAUUCUUAUUUUAAUGCAAGUUAAAGAUGCCUUGAAUCGGUGAAGCUCAAGCUAGUGAUUAUGGUAAAUCUUUAAAAAAAAAAAAAAAAGAUAUUUUAGCUGAUUUAAAAAAGCAGGAUCCAUUCCAAAAGACUUGAGUUUUAACGAGUCGAAGGUGCUCUGCUAAUCGAGUGGUUGAUGAUGAUUGUUGAUGAUUACAGCUGGAUUAAAUGCAGAUGAAAGCAUUUUUUGGGCUUAGAAACACAACAUUUUCACUCAUUUCCAUAAACACCAUGAAUCGUUUUUCUUCAUGUCACCACGUUUCCCAGUGACACUACUGAUUCUUUUCUGACAAUCAGACGAGUAAAGCUAAUAAAGGCAUCGUGCAUGUACACACUAACGGCAGGAAGCUUCGCGAUGGCGCUGAAAUUACAUUUAGUAUCGCCUCAACCGACUUAAGUAUCAGCUGCAUCUGUGUUUGAAAGGUUUAAAAGGAGCAUAAUGUUCAUAACAGUACCACACGAGACCUAGUGUAAAAUCCCAGUGAUGUCAGCAUGUGCAGUAAUAAACUGAUGAAAAAGUGUUUGGUACAUACAA